AGUCUCUGGCGACGGCGGAUCUGGAUCGUAUUUGAGACACCACGAUUUCCACCGAGGAGAGCUCCAGAGCCACGAUCGUGCUCUUCUGACGAUCAAGACAACUUCUACUGCGCUACUUUGUGCAUUCGAAAAAUCGGUAUGUUGAAACGCAAAAACAGUAAGUGACAAUGGCGCGCUCCACUUCGGCGUCUAUGGACUUGCUGCGGGCACGGAAGCGCCUCUUCUUGGUGGAGCAUUGGUUCGAGGCACUGACGGAUGUCACGGAAGACUUGGAGCAGCUUUUUGCAGCACUUUUUUACGACGCUGAUGGCACUCUUUUUUGCAGCCUGGCUGCGUGCAUGGAGACCGUUUUGUUUGGCGUGCGUCCGCCACGGACGCAGGCCGAAGCCGACACAAAGUCAAGAGACAUCCUCCAAGUGCGAGCUUUGCUGGAGGUUCUUCCGGGUGUCCUGUGUCGAGCGGACGCGGUCGCAAUAGCGUCACAGAGUCCGACAUCUCCCUCCGAAGAUGAUCCUGGUCAGGCGACAAAAAAUACGUACUUGUACCGUCGGAGCCAAAGCCCGCUUCUUGUCAGAAUAGCCGCCCUAGCACGGCGCGAAGUGCGUUUGUACACGAGUUCUUCUCCGGCUGAUUUGUUUCACCCUACAACGUCCCUCUGCUUCCGAUUUUUGCGCGGCGUCGUCGCAUCUUCCCAAGCACUUUUCCCUGAGGUUUUGCUCCGUGCCGCGGUGGAGCGCUCUUUCGCCGCCAGAUCUGCAAUAUCUGCCAAAGGGGGAAACGGCGAUGCGGCGAGCAACAUUGCCGCCUUGCUGGAUGCUGUGACUAACGCAGUGGCGCUAAAUAGCGCUUCGACUUGCUCUCCAGUAGCACAGGCCAUUUUUGAAGUGAUUUGCGAAACCGUUCGUCAUGAAAGCACAAUGCUGAGUCCCGGUGACGUCUGCGUCCGCCUGUACGGACAGCUUAUCGCAAAAAAAAACUGUUUCACUUCUGUAAUAAACUUGUGGUGCAAAAAAUGCAGCACAAAGGUGUUUGUCUUGCUACACCUGCACGACACUGAGUUCUCAGCCGUGUUUUUCGUUAGGGAGUACGCAUGGCAAAUUUUCUUCGUAGUGGAGAACGGACAACUUGUCGUGCAAAUAAACCUGCAGAACCUAUGUUGCUGUGAAACACUUUUUUUCGCAGGAUACGGCUGCUUGGGGAGCGAGUGCGCUCGCUGUACAAACUCCGCGCUAUCGACGCAAUGGCUCUCGUGCACACGGGCCAAGACGGCAGCGCGUUGGAUAAUUCGAAAGGACCACCAGCUGGUUCUCCGGACGACGGUACGCUCGAGGACACGGAAAAAGACGGAGUGCAAAUUAUUGCAGCUUUCUUCGAUCGGCUCUGCUUGCCUCGGUUUCCAGAGUCCGAGGGAGAGGCGCGAGCUGACCGCCAAAAAGUCACGCUCGCACUCGACAUUGCCGUGCAGCUGAAUCCUGUUCUGCGACGAUGCGAAGAUCUCUUUUACGAUUGGUUCCGAAAAACAUGCAGCAGAUCAACGAGCGUGUGUCAUGUCAAUUCCCUCGCUGAUGUGACUGCCGCGGUCGCGGCGGGUGCAAAAGGCUACGGAGGCGCUAUGAUCUCAGAUGGGCGGCAUGAUUCGUCGCUUCAGGAGCGUCUUCAUCGUUCAUAUCUCAUCCCGGAAAUAGUCCGCGUGGCUGAUAAUGAUCUAAUGACCUUGUUCUUCGAUAAGAAAACCCGCAAAGGAGAGUCAAGCCCGAGCACACCCGCGCCUGUGCCAGCAGCAGCGUUGGAACAAGAGAACGCGUCAGCGUUAGAAGGUCGGAUCGAAACGGCGGGAAUCGCGCUCGCCUUCCAGGAGCUGGAGAAGUCCACCCUCGCACAGAUGCAGGCCUUCAUGGUGAGCCGAAGAAUGGAGCUGGUCACGCACAUAGUCGCUGGCACCGGGGGCUGUGACGCUUUGGUCUACCCUGAUUCACCACUUUCCCCUGUUCUUUCCGAAGACAAAGCCGCAAAGCUUCCUGUGGUUCCAAAACUUUUCUCCUGCUUUCGAUCGGUCUUUGUGCGACAGCUCAACAGCAUCGCAAAGUUUAAUUUACGGCGAUUUCGCGAGUUACAAAACAAGCGCGGACACUGGCAGCCCUCCCCAACAGGAAAUCCCGAGGAAUUUGUCGCACCGGCGGACUGCCUUGCGGCCCCGGCAGAAAUAAUGAGGCAACAGCGCGGCUCAAGCUCAACUACGGCCCCUCUCGACAGCACAAGCAGAGACCGAGAUGAGGAGGAGCUGCCCUUCAUCGUCCACGAAUACCAGGCCGUGGAUCUGGGGAACGUUCUCGCUCCGAUGUCGCCGGAAUUUCUGGCGCAAGUGGUCGCGCUCCUGAGCGAUCCCUACCAGCGCAGCUGCUGGGACCUCAACAUGGUGGAUUUCCGGAUCCUUGAGGCGAUCCCCGCUGACUCGUCGACCAAUUUGGUUCAUCAUAUUUGCUACGCCGCCUGGGAUCCUCCACAACACUGCCAACCGCACCUCGUCGGCGGAGGCACGCGGGACGCCGCGCUGUGCGUGUCGUGCGGCUUCGUAGCGACCGAAGUAGAGGACCAAACGUCGAAGGCCAAAAAUUUCUUCGCGACGUCCUUUUCGGUGUCGCGCCCAGAUGUGCCAGCAGUUCCAGGACGGCUGCGCAUGCAAGUUGACGCCGACGAUUUCCUCAUUUCACCACAAACCGGGAGCAUCGCGCACAUACGCCGCGCGGAUGCGCGCGGAAAGUGGCGGGAUGAGCGCAACAAAGUGCUCUGGUAUGCUCUCGGAGCGCGUGGCGACCGCAUGCCGGUUCAAGAAGUAGUCGACGCAUCUGUCACAGAGUUUGACGCCUGA